AUGAGGAGUUGGAAAUAUCAGUUACUGUUGCUAGCAACAUUGGCUUGCGCCUUUGUUUAUGCAACCGACGAAACAUCGCCCGGACGGCAUCGGACGGCGAAACUUGUUCGCAACUUUCCACAGUUUCCGCAAGCCGAACAACGGAUACAAUCGCUUGAAAAUCCAAUGUACAACUUUGUCGAUCCUUACGGUCCUGGUACGUACGCUUUUGGGUACGAAAUUGAGGAUCCGCAGAGUGGAAACCUGCAGUUCCGGGACGAAGAGAAGCUGAAGAACGGGACGGUCCGCGGUUCGUACGGGUACAUGCAGCCGGACGGUUCGGUGAUCAUCACCAACUUCGUCGCCGACGACGGAGGCUACCGGGCAAAGACGGAGAUACGCCGUGCGAACGGUCAAACGGUGGCCUCCUUCCCGACGCAGAUGCCCUCCAGAUCGCCGCAGGAUCGCUACUUCCCCGCGUACGAUCAGCAGGCGAGUACGAACAACCCGGCGAUAGUGGCAGCCCUGCAGCAGCAGCACCACAUCAACCUCAACCCCACGUACAAUCCCAUCCUCGAUGCGGGAGUCAUCGAUCCGCAGUAUGCAGCCGCCAUCAUGGGGCACAUCCGCGACCAGCAGUACAGCCCCGCCCAAGGUCUGGUACAGUAUCCCUACGGUAUUCCACCACAGCAUGCACCGUUUGCACCGCAACAGCACCUCAACGCACCCCUUCCACCUCCGGGACACCCUAACUCAGCACCUCUGUACGACGCACCCGGUGCGGGCGGAAACCCGUUCGUCAACUUCGCCAACCAGUUCCCGGCCAGUUUGAGCCCGAACAAUCUCUACCAGAACCUGCAGUCCAGCUUCCCGCAGCUGCUGCCUCAGCAGAACCCACUCGAUCAGCUGGCCAACGGCGUGCGGCCCCAGAACGGCCUGCCGUUCGGAAACAUUCUCAAUAACGUGCAAAGUUCUUUCCAGCAGCUCCUGCCAGCGCAGAACACGGGCAAUCCCUUCGCUAGCUGGUUCGGGCAGAACCGAUACCCACCGGGGGUGCAGAUACCGGUGCCGUUCAACGCCAACUACGGUCUUCCGCAACAGGACUAUCCGCAUCAGCAGAUUCUCUCCUCCAAUCGACCGACGAAUGUGCUCGGGGACAUGCCGAUCGGUGGGAUGAUGAUGGGACAGCAGCAGCACCAGCAGCAGUACCACGUACCAACAACGAGACGCCACAAGCUGACGCGACCCACCAAAAAGCGCAACAAGCUGAAGACGGGCGACGGACUCGAGUGGUUUGACGAUUUCCUCGAAAACCGCAAGCGCCAGGUCAUGUACAACGCGGCGAGCGCUACCACACCGGAAACGAUGACCGAAACGACGCUCAAGGAUGGGCAGGAUGUGGAGUAA